AUGAGGAGAGCAGUGUAUGUGGUGAGUUGGUGGUGUCUGCAAGUCGUCGGGGGCUUAUUCUUCACUCCGGUCGUGGAAGUAAGCCAGGGGAAGUUACGGGGGCUGAGGAGCUUCUCCGGACAAUACCGGUAUUACGGGAUACCAUACGCCAUCAGCGAGAGAUUCCAACCACCUCAAUCACCUCGAAAAUGGAGUGGCAUCUUCCAUGCAGUGGCCCGGUUUGACUCCUGCGCGCAAACCUUCGCCGUGUUUGGGGUUGGGAGGGAGGAAUGCCAGUUCCUCGACGUGUACACCCCGGGCCAGGCGACGCCAGGACGCGCCCUGCCCGUGCUCGUGUUCCUGCACGGAGGAGCGUACUACAUGGGCAGCAAGUGGCACUACGACCCGGAGUAUCUAGUCGACAAGGACGUCAUCGUCGUAACAGUGAACUAUAGAUUGGGGGUACUUGGCUUCCUGUGCCUCAAUAACGUCGCCAACCUAGGACUUAAAGACCAACUAGCGGCUUUGAAGUGGAUACGAAAAAACAUAUCAGUUUUCGGUGGCGAUCCAGAUAACGUAACUAUAUCGGGGCACAGCGCGGGGUCCACCUCCGCAGCGAUGCACUUGCUGUCGAAGCGGAGCAAGGGGCUGUUCCACAAAGCGAUCCUGAUGAGUGGAGUAGCUCUAGCACCCUGGUCGUUUAAUCCUGAACCACUUACUCCAGCGUUUGAAGAUGCUGCAAAAAUGGGAAAAGUGAGAAAUGAACGCGACGUUUAUAAUACUUUUCUAAAAUCAUCGCUAUCUGAUGUACUGCAGGCGACUCAAGGAACUUCCAUCGACCCUCGGUACUUCAAGUACGCGCCAUGUGUUGACACCAACUUCACCGACGCUUUCUUCCAAGACACGCCAUACAACAUCAUAAGUUCUGGGGAAUUCAACAAAGUCCCCGUCAUCAUCGGCGUCACAGACUCGGAGGGCGUCUUGUUUUACGGGUUCCAUAACCAAAGAACAUUAGAGUAUUUAGACAAUAACUUCAUAGACAGGCUGCCGUCGGUAUUUUCUUGGUGCUCCGACGAAGAUAAAAGAAAAAUAGCGAAGGAAAUUCGUUCGCAUUAUUUUGGGAAACAAAGGAUCAAUAGCAAAGAAGCUAUCAAAGGCACUGUGGACUAUUACUCGGAUUGGAUUACGAACGCGGCCGUACACGCGUUCUCCAAACUGGUAGCGGAGCAUUCAGACAAGCCCGUGUUCAACUAUAUGUUCUCGUACCGGGGCGGCCGCAACUUCGGCAGCGUGGUGUAUGGCCGCGGUCUGCGCCAGGGAGGGGCGACACACAGUGAUGACAUCUUCUACAUAUUCAAGCCUGCAGGCUUCCCUCUACGGAUCCGGCAGUCCGACAUGCUCAUCAUCGACAGACAAACCACAAUGCUGACCAACUUUAUGAAGUUUGGGGAUCCAACCCCGCAUACGAGCGCUUUGCUGCCAGUCCGCUGGCCCCGGAGUACGGUGAACCGGUCGCGAGUGAUGCACAUGGACCGGCAGCUGUACGUGAGCGACGCAGCCGAGAGCUCCCAGGGUCUGUUCCUGCUGCACAUGCUGUGCCAGUACGGACUGCAAGGGUACGUGCCCUGCGAGAGUGCCAUGAAAUGUAAAUCCCGUCACAAAGUUAAUAAAGGACAGUAA